CGCCGCCUCAAAGGCCGCGGCCGCGUUUCAUGUUCCGGUGGCAGAGCGACGACACGCUCGUAAAGGCGGCGUCCCCCGCGGGCGAGCACGACGCCGACAGUGUCGCCGCGUCACGCCACGCCCCGCCGCGCCCCGGGGCGUCGUCGUCGUCGGGCGGCGACGUCGGUUUUGCCCAGCGCGAUGGCGUGGGGCCCGUCGCGCCCUACCUCGCCCCGCCCUUCCUAGACUCACCCGUACCGCCGUCUGCUGCUCUGUUACAGUCGUCGUUCGGCUCGAGCAGUUUCGCAGACCUCCUGUCGGCGCCGUACGCCGAGGACCCCUCCAGCGGUCUGCCCGAGGAGCUGGACCCCUUUCCGGACGUGUUCGCCGCGACGGCGGCCGGCCAGACGCAGGGCCACGAGCACGCCUUGGAACACCACCACCAGCACCACCACCACGCUGACGACUCGUGCGCGCCGCUGCCCAGCUUCCAGACGUUCGCAGGGGUGCCCGCCGUGGCGGACGCCUACUCGAGCCGGCUGUACUCGGGCCGGGGGAGCUCGUCGGCGACCUGCUCGCCAUCGCCCUCCGACCUGAGCCAGCUGGACUUCAAGAUGGAGGCCGAGGACUGCUACAACGUGCCCUCCUACCACCACCCGCAUGCGCACCCUCACGCGCAGCAGCAGCAGCAACAGCAGCAGCACAACCACUACGAGUCCUGGCAGCACCAUCAGCAGCACUACGGCCUGUACUACACGCCCACCACCCAGGCCCACCAGCACAACGCGCCCCACCCGGGUCCCCACCCGGGAGCCCACCCUGGAGCGCAUUCGGGGCCCCACUCGGCCCCGCAGGCCGCCCCCCAUCCCCAGCAGGUUCACCCCCAGGCGCUGCCCCAGGCGCUGCCCCAGGCGCUGCCCCAGGCCCUGCCCCAGGCCCACCCCCAGGCGCUGCCCCAGGCGCACCCCCAGCCGUACGAGCAGCCCAGUCCGCACAUGGACACCCCGUCCUACUCGCUGCCGCCCUUCCCCAGCGUCGCCACCACCGCCAUGACCCCGCGGCAGAGGCGGGCGUCGCUCCCGCUCCAGCGAUCAGAGUCCACCGGCUCCUGUGAGUCGCCCAAGCUGCGCCUGGGCCUGGUGUCGAGCGGGUCCGCCCCCGCGCCCUCGGCCACCUCCUCGGCGUCUUCCUCCCCGGGCUGCGAGGGGCUCCCCCACCACGGCGUCGUGCAGUCGCGUGCGCCCGCCCCCGCUGGUCCGGGGGCGGGGCCCGCCGGCUGCCCGCCGGGGGCGGCGGGGGCGCACGGCACGCCGCACUCGCCGUCGACGCUGUGCGCCGUGUGCGGGGACACGGCCGCCUGCCAGCACUACGGCGUGCGGACGUGCGAGGGCUGCAAGGGCUUCUUCAAGCGCACCGUGCAGAAGGGCUCCAAGUACGUGUGCCUGGCGGACAAGGCGUGCCCCGUCGACAAGCGGAGGCGGAACCGGUGCCAGUUCUGUCGCUUCCAGAAGUGCCUCGCCGUCGGCAUGGUGAAAGAGGUCGUGCGGACGGACUCCCUCAAGGGCCGGCGUGGCCGGCUGCCGUCCAAGCCCAAGUCCCCCCAGGAGUCGCCGCCCAGCCCGCCGGUGUCGCUCAUCACGGCCCUGGUGCGCGCGCACGUGGACACGACGCCGGACCUCGCCAACCUGGACUACUCUCAGGUGUCCUCUGGCUUCCAGUACCAGAGCCCCGGGCCCAGCCCCACGGACGAGCUCGUCUCCGAGGCCGAGAAGAUCCAGCAGUUCUACCGCCUCCUCACCACCUCCGUCGACGUCAUCCGGCACUUUGCCGACAAGAUACCCGGCUUCGGCGACCUUUGCCGGGAUGACCAAGACCUCCUCUUCCAAUCGGCCUCCCUGGAGCUGUUCGUGCUGCGGCUAGCGUAUAGGACGCGGGCCGAGGACACCAAGCUCACGUUCUGCAACGGCGUGGUCCUGGACAAGCAGCAGUGCCACCGGAGCUUCGGCGACUGGCUGCUCGCCAUCCUGGACUUCUGCCAGUCGCUGCACAACAUGGAGGUGGACAUAUCCGCCUUCGCCUGCCUGUGCGCGCUCACCCUCAUCACAGAGCGCCACGGCCUCAAGGAGCCCCACAAGGUGGAGCAGCUGCAGAUGAAGAUCAUCAGCUCGCUCAAGGACCACGUGACGUACAACGCGGAGGCCCAGAAGAAGGACCACUACCUGUCGCGGCUGCUGGGCAAGCUGCCCGAGCUCCGGUCCCUGAGCGUGCAGGGCCUGCAGCGCAUCUUCUACCUCAAGCUGGAGGACCUUGUGCCCGCGCCGCCGCUCAUCGAGAACAUGUUCGUGGCGAGCCUGCCCUUCUAGGCCGCAGCUAGGUGCGCAGCUAGGUGCGCAGCCCGUAAAGACUCUCGUGUUUACAUUACCUCUUAAGCAUUCUGACCCGACCACAUCAACUGGUAUUUUAUUCGAAUAGGCGGACUCUUCGAGAAUGCAGCCUUCCAUGUCGUAGUGUGAUGUAGUGGCGGCGUUCAAGGGAUGGAGCAGGUCGGCUUCCGAGCAGGGAGGGGGCAGGGGUGGGUGUGCAAGUUUAUUUUUUAUACAGUCAGAGGUGGUAAGUUUAUUUACUUUGUACCUUAAAGUUCAGUGAUACAGAUCGUUUACAUCGCACAAAAACAACAUAUAUUGUAGGGUUUGGAUUUGCUGUGAGCCGACACCCACACCUGUCUCUGCACCCAGUUUGUGGGAAAUUAUCAUUUUAAUUGUAAUGGAAGAAACCAAUUGAUAAUUGUAUUCCUGUUCUGAGUAGUUGCAAACUCUGUAGGUGCCUAGGUACAGUGCAUUUUUUUUAUUUUAUAAACAAGUUCUGUAUCAUUACUGACCUAGAGGCCCUUGUAAAGUCUCAUUUCCAGAUUUUCUAAACACUUUUUUUUUUGGCAUGAUAAUGGGUAUUUCCGAACAGUGUAGAAUUCUAUAGUGAUUAAUAUUGAAUACUCAAUACUCCAAUUUACAUAUAUAUGUCCCCUCAUGUUUUAUAGAAUCCUGGACUAUAUACUUCGGUAGUAUCAAUAAUUGUUAGGAAACUCUCCCCCCAAGCAACAGCUUACAGCACAAGGCAGCCUCCUGUAAGGCAACAUUGAAUGUCUCUCAAAACAAUUUUAAUCUUAAACAAACUCUCCACUCAAAUUUUAUAUCUAGAAAAAAGAAGAUGAGAUAUUAGUGGCUGCUGAAUCUACCCUUGAAAGAAAAGCCUGCUUGCCAAAAGAAUUAAAACUAUUUAAUAAAAUUACUCCCUUUACUUUGGGUUUCCUAUCUCUGGGUAGCAUACAAAUCUUGAUAUGUUAGCCUUGGCUUUCUAUGUUUGCUCCCCGUGUUCGAGGAGAAUAGGGAAAGUUUUGGUGAGGAGUAGAUUAGCCUGCUGAUUAGUCUGCCUACAUCAUUUCUAAAUUCUAAAUUCUGAAAUAACUUGGGGAAACUACCAUUCUAUAAUGUCUUUGCACUCUGGUCUGUGUUCAAUUUUUUCUUCUUUUUUUUUUUUUUUUGCUUCAUUUCUUCUUGCCCCAGUUUGAGAUUGAGACUGCUAAGGUAAGAGUGGAACAGAAUGUGAUACCAAAUUAAUGCAGAAUGCUUUUCCUGGCAUGAGGAAGAUCUGGGUUCGUAACUGAGAGAAGGUUCAUUCAGAGCAACUGGUGUGUGUGAGUUCUUGCCACACACGAGUGAGGGUUGUUUUCAAAGAUAAACCCUCUUUUAGAACCUACGCAGUUGUUUUUCAAAUCAACAAGUUUUGCUCUUGGAGGUUCCCUUACUCUUUCACUUAAAAAUAAGUUACCGUACUUUAAGUAUUAUGAUCUUUCUAGUAAAAUCAGUUUGAGUGAUUGUUUGAUGAGACUGAAGGAAUACAAACAAAUCCUUACAAAAGUUCUGUAAUGUAAGUUUAUAGCUCCCUCCAUUACCUGUAUGGUAGCCGCAAGCUGAUUACAUCAUAAUUUUACAGUUACUGCAAUAUUCUAACAUCUACAAGUGCAGAAGUAAUAGUCCUCAGAAUAGCAGCAUUUAUGUUGGUUUCAUCAAAUAGGACAUAUCUUACCACUCGAUAUAUUUGUUUUAAAAUUUGAGAGCUGCAUAAUUUGAGGGUUUUUGGGGAAUUGUUCUGUAUCCUGAGGGCCUGAUAGAUAAGAUAUUCUGAUGUUGGGAUUUUAACUUAUUGAUAUGUCUUCUCUAUAGUAAGACAACUGUUUCAUGUUUAAGUGUGUGUUUUGUUUCUGUCCUAAGUCCCUACGGCCCUUUGUCUUGGAAUGACCUAAAAUCAUCCCAUCUUCCGCGAUUUGUGUUCGCUAAAAGCUUCUUCUAUAGUUAUUUUAUACGAACCAGUUUAUACAUUGUAUUUUUAUAGUGGAAUCUAUUCAGUAGUUGUAAUGUUCCAGUGCAUACACAUUUCUCUCACAGCUCCUCUAUGUUUAGUUACACCACAUGAUCUUUGAGCUUACAUAUGUGAAUUAAAUGAAAAGAGGAAUACUGUGUGUCAUGUCUAAAAUUUCUCUGCAGGUAUUCCACAGAUCAUUGUGAAGCGUGUAACAUAUUGAUUAAAUCUAAUUAUCUGAGCUGUAAUUCGGGCCAAUAAUGCCUCUUAAAGUAGACAUAUCACUAAUCUAUUAGCUCAUCAUUACAUCCUCAUUUUGUCUGUGUGUGUUUUAACAACAGGAGUACAAAUUUUCCCCAUAAAUUUGUGCAGUGUGCACAAUUUACAAAAACGCCUUUUCUUCUUAUGUAGUCUGUCAUCUAUGUUUUUGUGUUUGCAAAGAUUAGUCACUUCGUAAACGUUGUUGGUAAUUGUAAUGAUAUUUAUUUAAAUGCAACAAAUGUGAACAUUUAGUAACUUACCGACUCCAACUCUAAGUAUCUAAAAGUAUAAAAUGUCUUUCGUACCUGUUCCAAUAUAGUUGUAUUGGCUCUGUUAUUUUAAGAAUCAUUCGUUCUGUACAUAUGGUCUGUGUUAAGGUACGGCGAAUGUAUGACAAGAAAGCACGGAGUGACAAUGUGUUGUGUCCUCACGACAAUUGUGUGGAAAACCUUCUUGUGAUUUGUGAUAUUUCCAAACUCGCGGAUUUGACUACUUAUGUUUGACCCUGUUUUGCAAUACCAAAGAUCUCUGCUCUCAUUAGCACUAAUUUCUUGUCUGCUAAAGAAAAAUGUGAGUUCUUCUCUUUACAUUGCUACAUGUGUUAGGUAAGAAACAAUUUUCUUUUACCUUUUUUUAAAAAAAAGGAAUAAAAGUUAUGUAGAGAAUAAACAUGUGUACUAGUAUUCCUUAUGUACAGAAUCUUAUGCUAACUCUGACUUCCCCAUCACUUUUGUUUUGUAUAGUUUUGCUGUAUUCGUGUGAAUUUCUCCUGCACCUAUAUCUGACAUGUGACUAUUUGGACUCUUGUUAUACAAUAAAGAACUUUACAUCGCGUUA